GACAAACACACAUUGUGACGUCAAGAGUGCCUUUGAAAUAUCUGUGUCAGUUCCGGCCAGACUUAAUGACAUAACUGCCCUCUGGUCAUCGCAACAAACGCCAUUGUCAAGUCGGGGCGCUAUAAAUGUUCAAGGCAGGUUCAGUCGUGACUUCAUCUCACACAACCAUGAGGGUGACGGCAACACUGGCAGUCAUGUUGGGGCUUGUGUUAUGCAGCUGUAUGGUUCAAGGUCAAACUCGGCAACAGCGUCGCCGAGAAAAGGUUUUAAGAAGUAGAUGGUCACGUGACAUCGAUACAAACGUAACCGUAAAGGAAGUCGCAGCCAUUUUGAAGUCCAAAGAGAGAAUAUUUUUCCGAUCCUCUGACAGACGGCUGACAGCUUUGAACAUCACACGAUCCUACUCCUACAUCGACUACAGCAGCGACAUGGUGGUGACUAAAGCCUACGUGUCAGGGAGCCGGAAGUGCAUCGUCCUCCCAGGAAAUAUCACCGAGGACUUCAAUACCACCAUGACUGACAUACUGGCCAGGAAGAGGUUGAAUGAGACAGUUGAAAUUGGCCAGUUUGCGAUGACGUCAGACAUUGCCAUGACCCCUGUAGAGAGAGAAGCCUUUCAGACUGCCAGCCCUUAUCUUGCCAGGAAAUGCCUCAACAUGGAUAUCCUCAAUGCAACAGCACCUGCGACAAAUAUGACAGACACCCUAGAUAAGUUUCCAUUAACUUUACUAGCUGUCGGAGGACGCGUCACCAUCUACGUCAGUUCCACGUUAAAUGCCUUGUCAUGAAGAUGACAGAGGGUCACAUUCACCUGUGAACUGUGUGUGAAUGAUAUCUGAUGCGUUGUGGGUGUGUGGUAAUACUGUUAAAACAGGCCCAGUUAUAAAAUUUGACCUUAUGAGCGAUGUUUCAGUUACAAAGGAUGAGCAGCGUUUAAAGAUUGUGUUUACGUUAUAAUAGAGACGAACGUGACCAUAUUUGCAAAAAGAACCAAAAGUCGUGCAAAGUUAUACAGUUUAUGAUCACGUUUGCGGUGUCGAUGAAGUUGGUGGUCUUUCGGUGGUAAUUUAUAUUUAUGCGAUAGAAUGUUCUUGGUACACAUAACAGCGACAGGUCUUGUGAAGCAUUGAGGCAAUCGGGUUUUCGAGAUAUAUGCAUUAAGAUGUAAAUGUACAGAACCCAGAGAAGGUGUAAUAUCUACCUUCACGAGACACAGCGUCAGUUGCCGAUAGUGUUUUGUGGUAAAUAAUAAGUAAAGCUUUCUUUAGGUUUACCUCGGUAAGCACUACAGCGCAGCCGAUCCGCUGCUCGGGUCACGAUCCGUACGUGCUUUUGCUACCGUAAGCUUAAGGCCUCACCGCCUCGCCCAUGACGCUCAGUCUUCUACCUGCAGGCGAGAAAGGGUUUGUUAGUUUUUUAAGUUAUGAUGUGAUGUUGUACAUUUUUAGUUAGGGAGGUUUUUCUACAUUGUUUUAACAUAUGAAGAAUUUAUUGUCAAUUAAAUAUUGACCUACUCCCUA